CAGUUUGCCGAUAAUCGCCAGCGGGAAGAGUGGCGAAGAAAUUUUUUCCGGCUUCAAGAAAAUAAUAAAACAAAAUCGCCACGCUGCGUAAAUCAGUGAUAAAAGUUAUGAAGAUCAGAUUGCCUCGGGAUCGAUUUCCAUCGACAUCGUCAAAUGAAGACAUUAUCGACUCUGGCAACAGCUGGAUGAACGAUGCGGAUGUGCGCCCGAUGAUGCCCCGGUUACCCCCGCCCCAGGGGAUAUUGGUGGGAGGUGUAAGGAAGCGGCGGGGCAAUCUGCCCAAGAACUCCGUGAGGAUCCUCAAGCGAUGGCUCUACGAUCACCGAUUCAACGCGUACCCGAGUGACUCGGAGAAGAUGUCGUUGAGUCAGGAAGCCAACCUGACCGUGCUACAGGUAUGCAACUGGUUCAUCAACGCGCGCCGUCGGAUCCUGCCCGAGAUGAUCAGACGCGAAGGUCACGAUCCCCUGCAGUACACGAUAUCGCGGAGGGGUCGGAAGCAGCCACCGGGCAUGGGGCCCAUGGUGGGCAUUCCCUCUACCUCAGGCAUGAUGGGCAUGGGAUACCAGUCCGUAGGAAACAUCAACGUUGUGCCGUGGAGUGAAGUUCAUAACAUGAUGGGCCCUAAUCGUUCUCAUAUAGACUACGGGGAGGGGUUGUUGGUAUAUCGUGACGUUGAUGAUUUUGGGGAAGAGGGAUACUCCAGUGCAAUAAGCGAAGAGGAGAUCAAGUACGAUCCCUCAGUCUGGCAGAGCACCAUUCGUUAUGGCUCUGACGAUAGAGACAUGCAUGUGGGCCCCCCCAGAAUGGGCCCAGCUGUGGUGACGGUGAGCACAGAGGAGGUCCCAGAACUUGGUGGCGAUGGCGCUGUUUGGACGCAGCUGACGCCCGUUCCUCCACGGAGACAGGUGGUGCCGGCAGAGAGUGAGGACAAGUUCAAAUGCUUGUAUCUUCUUGUUGAAACAGCGGUGGCUGUUCGGCAGCGAGAAAUGGAACAGGAGGAAAUGAUUUUACCAUAAGCAACAUAUCGUAGGUGAUAGCCUGAAAAUAAUGCAUUACUUUGUUCAAAGUAUUCAGAGCAAAAAUAUCAUUUAAGAAUAAAACAAUUUCUACCCUCUUAAUUAAUGAUAGCAAAACACAAUGAAUCAAUAAUUUAGGAGUAAGUUUUACAUUGAGUAAGUUGUUUUAGAUUAGAUAUCUGCUAUUUUACCAUUAGAUGGUAUAAGUAUAAAUCUUAGUUUUAAAGUAUAAGUGAUUUUUUCUGAGUCUUAAUUGCUCCAAAGAUAUUAAAGAUCAUUAUUUUGUAUUGUCAAGUCGAUUCAGCUGUUUUAAGCACGUUAAAUUUCUACUCAUUUGUUUUCAGUGAAUAAAAUGUUUUAAUGUAAA